AACGCAUCAAUAGUAAAUAUAUUGAACAUGGCGUCGUUUUGCCGAUCAAAUGAACCUGAGAAUUUAUAUAUCAAUUGAUUUCUUUCUUUAAUUCAGCCUUUUUCAUGUUUAAGUGGUUGAUUGUGCUCGCGUUGUGUUUUAUUGUUCAAUUAGACACCGGUCGCAUCUUUGGAAGCUGCGGAGUUUCCAAAAGAGGCAAGAUGAGUGUAUCUGUUGUUUUACAGUGAUAACUGGGUUCUUUAUACAUGAAUUCGCGGGGUAGGUCGUUAGGAUGCUGCCGACAGUGGAGGAGAGUCGCGGCUACGAUUUCCAGGACCCAGAGAAUGUGGACAAGUGGCAGGGUCUCUUCGUCAACUCACUGCGCAAGGUGCUAGACCAAGUGCAUCCAACUUUAAAUGCUGAAGAGAGUGCACUGCAGUAUGUGGAAUCCUUGUGUCUGCGGCUUCUCGCCAUGCUCUGUGCAGUGCCAUCCCCACUUACUGUACAGGAUGUGGAGGAGCGAGUGGCGCGAACAUUCCCGACGCCGCUUGACAAAUGGGCACUGGCGGACGCCAGGGAUGCGGCAGCACAACGACGCCGCCGUGCUCUGCUACCACUCGACAAGUUACACCACAUGUUGCAGAAGGAGGUUCUACUAUACAAAAUCGAUAUGUCAGUGUCAGUGUUCAUCACAGCGAUACUCGAGUAUGUUAGCUCUGAUAUACUGAAGCUGGCUGGGAAUUUUGUAAAGAAGAUCUCCCAGAAGUCUGGCUAUGAAACUAUUACACUCUCUGAUAUAAAGACAGCUAUGUGUGCUGAUAAGGUCCUCAUGGAUAUGUUCUAUCAAGAAUCUGAGAUGGCGUCUGAAGCUGGCAGCAGUACAGCUGAACAGCGUGGACGGCGAGGGUCACUAACAUAUGCAGAAUUGGUGAGGGAUCUGUUAACCGACGAGAAGCACUUCCUUAGGGAAUUGCACCUUAUCAUUAGGGUGUUUAAAGAUGAGCUGGAGAAGAUUCUGGAUAAGGAUAGUCGGUCUAUAUCAUUAAUAUUCGGCAACAUAGUCGACAUCUAUGAGUUGACCACCACACUACUGGGGAACCUUGAGGAUGCGAUGGAAAUGUCCCAGGACUCUCCCACCCCUUAUAUUGGAAGUUGUUUUGAAGAGCUAGCUGAAGUAGAGGAAUUUCGCGCGUAUGUACGUUACGCGAAUAUUGUAACGCGGAAGGAGUCACGUGAUGAGUUGCAGCGGAUCGUUGAUGAUCCAAUCUUGUCGGAGCGGCUGGACACGGCUGGUCACGGGUUCCGGCUAGCCGUCAAGUACUAUUUGCCCAAGUUACUGCUCGCACCCAUCGCACAUGUUUUCCUCUACCACAACUACGUGCUAGAGCUUCUGCCUAUAGCUCCUGCUACGGAGGACAGGGAGAGCUUUAAACAGGUUGAGUGCAACUUGCAUCCAAUCAAAAAAUUAUUAAUUAAAGCAUUAGGAAAUGGGCCGAAGAUGGACGCGACGCUGCGGAUGGCUUCCAGGUCGCGGAGGCAGCUCGCCAUAGAGAAGUGCAACGAGCUGGCGCGCCUCGUCGACAACUGGGACAACCGUGACAUCGGACAGUGCUGCAACGAGUUCAUACGAGAGGACACGUUGUCGAAGAUCGGACCCGGUAAGCGGAUAGCGGAGCGUCGCGCGUAUCUGUUCGACGGUCUGCUUCUACUGUGCAAGCCAAUCACCAGUCUGGUGGGUGGCGCGGGCGGUGCAUUGACCGCGGGGGCGACCGCGCAGCUCAAGCUCAAGGAGAAGCUGCAUGUACGGAAACUAGAGCUCGUCGAUCGCAACGACGCUGACGAGGGCCGUCACCUGGUGGAGCUAUGCCCACGCGUGGGCGGCGCCGUGCUACUGGCUUGUGCCUCCUGCGCGGAGAAGCGGCAUUGGAUGUGCGAUCUCGUCAUGCUCAACACCAAGCCAAUGCUCGAUCGCACACUUGAUAGCAUCUUGUUAGACCUAGAGAGGCGACACCCAUUGCGGCUGCCACCAGUGUCGCUGUACCGGUUCGCAGUGCCCGACUCACCACAGAAUAUUAUACUCGAGGAGCCACCGCGACACCAGUCCGACAACGCGCCACCGCCACUCAUUAAGGGUGCAACUCUUUUAAAACUGGUGGAGCGUCUGACCUAUCACAUCUACGCGGACCUGAAACUAGUCCGCACGUUCCUCACUACGUACCGCUCGUUUUGCUCGCCCGGGGAACUCCUGGACUUGCUCAUCGAGAGGUUCAACAUACCGGAGCCGAGCGAGGUGUACGACGCGCCGAGACCUGACGGGAUCGAAUGCAUUGGCAGUAGUGAUGCAGAGAAGCUUAGUAAAAACACAGCUAGAGAAGACUGGAAGAGGUAUAGGAAAAAAUUUCAACAACCUGUCAAAUUUCGAGUAAUCAACGUGUUGAGACACUGGGUGGAUCAACAUUUCUAUGAUUUCGAGCGAGAGCCGGCGCUGCUGGAACGACUGCGCGAGUUUUUAGAGUCGGUCGAUGGGAAGCCGAUGAGGAAGUGGGUCCAGAGUGUGCUCAAGACUCUUCAGAGGAAGAGCGGACAGAGCGUGGAGCCGGAGGGCGGCGGCGGCGUGGGUGCUAGCGGGUGCGGCGGGUGCGGCGGCGGCGGCGUGUCGCACGUGUCGCACGUGUCGCACGUGUCGCACGUGUUCAACCGCGCGCCGCCGGCCGUCGUGCGCCACGUGGCCGACCCCGACCGCCACGCCUGGCACCCGCUCGCGCUGCACCCGCUCGAGCUCGCGCGACAGCUCACGCUGCUCGAGUUCCAGCUCUACCGCCAGGUGCGUCCUUCAGAGUUGGUGGGUGCAGUAUGGACCAAGAAAGACAAAGAAAAAUCUAGCCCCAAUUUACUUAGAAUAAUUAAACACACCACAAAUUUCACGAGAUGGAUGGAGAAAUGGAUAGUGGAGAGUGAAAACUUGGAGGAGCGCGUGGGGGUGGUGUGCCGACUGCUAGAGGUGGCGGUGGCGCUGCGGGAUCUCAAUAACUUCAACGGAGUGCUCGCCGUGGUCGCUGCCUGCGGUAGCGCUAGUGUGCACAGGCUGAAAGCUACCUUUCAGCUGGUACCGAUACGGCUCAUUCGUGCCCUAGACGAGUUUCGGGAACUGAACUCGGACCAUUUCCGGCGCUACCAGGAGCGACUUCGCUCCAUCAACCCACCAUGCGUGCCGUUCUUCGGAAUGUACCUGACCAAUAUACUGCACAUCGAGGAGGGCAAUCUUGAUUACUUGCCUAAUUCUGAGCUGAUCAACUUUUCCAAACGUCGGAAAGUAGCGGAGAUCACCGGCGAGAUACAGCAAUACCAGAAUCAGCCGUACUGUCUCACAGUCGAGCCUAAAACGAGGGCGUUUUUGGAGUCCCUGGAUCCGUUUCCGGGCAUGGACGACAAUGAGAUCACCAAUUACUUGUACGCAAAGAGUCUGGAGAUCGAGCCGCGUCAGCCAGUCAAACAGAUGCCUAAAUUUCCCCGCAAGUACCCUGAGCUAUCCCUGAAGCAGGUGAAGGUCUCUCGGAGAGCUCAUCACGACUCCGCCGCCGCGCCUGCUGACGAUAAUCUCAGUGUGUCCCAAUUGUCUCCAACUGGCGGCUCGUGGGACGGUAGCGCCGGAUCGGGUGCGUCCAUAACGUCCUCCACGCUUGCCAAUACCACUAACACCAGCGGUUCCUCUCUGCAAUUGCAUCAUAACGAUGAUCACAGAGGUAGCCGCGGUAGUCAGGAUGGUGUGGUGAGCCCGCGGCCUGAGCGUGCGUUCUCACAGUUGCCGCCGCUGAGUCUCCUCGACAAGGGGCUCGCAUUGUUCGACUCGCGCAAGCAGGCGGCCGGCUCGCAUAACAAAAGUUCGAGUCGAGAUGAGCCACCGUCACCACGAGAUCGGCAUUCUCCCCGUCACGAUAGACAAGGCUCCGGCAGCGGGCAGGGUGGCGUGGGCGGUGCGGGGGGUGCGGCGGGUGUGGUGGAAAGCGUGGCGCCGCGCAAGCCGGCCGCGCUGUCGCCGCGCGGCGCCAUCGUCGACGCUGAGCUGUUCUACUCGCGCAGCGCGGACCACCUCGCCGGCCGCAGGCUCGAGCAGGAACUCGUCCCUCCGUUGCUGCCGCGAGGAAGCAGUGCGGGGACAGCGGGGGGCGCGGGGCCGGCGGGGGCGGGGGCCCGCGCCGACAGCGAGCGGCCGCCAGUACUACCUCCGCGGCCCUCCUCACCGCACUCAAUAUCGUCUAGUAGCGACCCACCGCCCGAACCGCCCGAUCGGCCGAUACCGAGCCCCAAACAUCACGAUCUCUUCAGGAUGCCAGCGAUGUCUCCUAAGCGAUCUCCGGCCCCUCAGCCACCUGUCAGCCCCAUAGUACAUUCCGACAGGUCGCUGGCGUUUAGCUUUCCUUCGCGAGGAGCGCCCACCCCUUCACCUCCCGCGCCACCCCUCACGCCGCAUCAUCCAAUAUCAUGUGGUACUCCCCCUCCUCUGCCGCCGCGGCGACGACGCGAUUCGGCCGCACCGCCUACCCCUGUACAUUUGUCGUCGACGGCGAGUACGAGCUGCUGCGGCCCGCGCACUCCACCAUACUGCAACGGCGGCAUCACAAUAACACGAACAUUGCGCCGCGACUGCCGCCUAAGCCGCCGGCGGCGUGCGUAGCGCCGCGCACCUAGCGGCGGGCGGGUGGUGCGGGGGUCGCAGGGGGCUCUGGGCGGGGGUCGCGGCCCGACCCCCCGCGGUGCACCCUGCGCGCCUCACGUGUCGCCACACACACCGUCGACAUACACUACACUUGCGACCGCCUCUAGUGCCUGCCGUGCGCGCUGCACUCGUACCACGCGCUCGAUCGAUUGGGUGACUCGCUUGUCGCUUUCGACCGAUCAAGAAUCGUUUGGCGCGUUAGACUAGUCAGUUUUCUGACUAGUUCGUGACCCGUCUACAGUGUCUGAAUAGUUUUGGGACGCAUCUGGUAUAUUCACAUAGACAGUUGACGCGCUGCCUGACUAGUCCGAUGACGUGUUGGUCAAUCGAAGUCUGGAGUGUUCGACUUGUUAAGUGAUGCAUCUAAUCUAGUGACGCUUCUGGCGAGCCCGAUUAAUCUCGUAACGCGUCUAACGUGUCUGAUAAUCGGGUGACAUCUGGUGUCUUUAAGUGUCAAUAUAAAAUACCGUGUUGUCUAUGCACAGUGGUUUUUUAAAUGUGAACUUAGUGACGCAUCUCGCGUUUUGUCUCAACCAAGUAUCGGGUAAUCAAGUGGAAAUUGUAUGUUAUACAAGUGUUAAUGUCUACAAGUGAUCACGUGACGCUGCAAGCGCUGAAAAUUACGCAUGCGGUCGUGCAAAAGGGCUAUAAUGAAAUUUGUGAUGUUUUCCAUUUAAAUUUGACAUUACAAAAUUAAUUAUAGUACUAAAGUUAAGGAGUUAUGUUCAUAAAACAAAUUUACAAAUAUCAAUAUUAAAGGUAUACCCUGCCUUAAAUGGUAUAACCUGAAACAUUUCACUAAUAUUUUAUAAUUAAAAAUUUUCUGUCCCUGUAAGGACCUAAACACUAGACAUAGCGAACAAUCUUGACUGUUAUAAAAUGCAAUGCAUUAACAAAAUAGGAGUAUGCAAGAAAUUAUGAGCAAAUGAUCGAAUACAAAUGCUGGUAUUUUGUAAAUAUACUAUUUCAAUAUAUUGAAAGAAAUAUAAAUUGUAUAUAAUGUCGCAACCUCGUUGACGAGAGUGCUAACAACAUAUGUUGUAUUGUGUACAACGCGCAACAACAACAUGUGAAUUCACAGCUUUCCAGCAUUCCUUACAAUGUUUAAUAUUCCAUAUGGAUUUAUUUAUAAGAAUUAUUUUAGAGUUCCUCCCGAAUAAGAAAGACAACAUCCCUAUUGUCUAGUUAUAGAUGUUAUUAUUUUACAUUGUAAAUUCAAUGUAUCUAUCACUUAAUAUUUAGUGCAGUGAUGUAAAAAAUUUGUGCUGAAUGCACUGAAACUAUAAAAUAUGUUUUUUCUAAAUACAUAACGACAAUAAAAAACCCAAAUGGUAAUAUUGACAAAUCAUUCUCUGUGUAAACAUAUUUUUUAUUUAUGUAUUGUAUUUAUAUGUUGUAAUAAACUUUCCAUGCAAUACAAGAGAUUUUUGUGUUUUGCAAUACAACAAUUUAUGAAACACUUUCUUAUCGGAAGGGGCUCUCAAAAAGAACUCACUUCUGAAUUAAAUUUCAGAAAAAUAGAAACCUGUGCAGUGCCAAUAAUAUUAGAAAUAUAAUAUAUUAAAUAAAUGUAAAAUAAAGAUGUUAGCUGCAAUAAAUCUAAUUAAUAUAUUAUUGAAUGAAAUUGGUGUAUGGUGUUUAUCACAUUUAUUGUAUUAAACUGGUAUAUAAUACUUUAUUAUUGAUACUUGUGUUGUUUAUCUUGAAGUGUGAUAGCACCCAAAAUCGCGUGAUAGGGUAUUCAUAAAAUAUCGUAUUAAAAAAGACAAAUAUGAUAUAACUGUUUCUAUUUCAAGUUCUUGUUAUAUAUAUACAUACACACACGCACACACACACACACACUCACAUGUACGACAUGUAUUUUAAAUACACAAUCGGGAUUCAACGCGAUGAAAAAACUUUUACAGAUAAAUAGUACCCACAUACCUGCUUGUACGUCUUGCACGUCGCGCUCCUGUCGUGACCACGCUACAAUUCACGUCGAAAUGUCGGCAACAAAGAAGGAGGUAUGUAGGUAUUAUUUACGUGUAAAAGUAACCUGUAAAUAAUAUCGCGUUAAGUCCCUAUUGUGUAUUUGAAAAUAUGUGAAAACAAUGCGAAAGUUUAAUAUUAUUUUGACAUAUGACCAGUUUAAUUCCCAAUUUACUGUUAUUUAGUAUUUAAAAUUACAAUUUAUAAUGAAUUUACUCACCUUUUGAUCCUACUGCAUGUUGGCCUCUCGCUCAGAUCAAAUUAUGAUUAUUUAAUAUGUUUGUGUACUUAUUUUUACCAGUUAUGUAUGAUGUAUAUGUACAAUCGUUAUCGUCGUGUUGCAACUACACUUUUAAUAAUGUUAUUGAUAAAUUUAUUUAAAUUCAUUUUAAUGACUUAAAAAGACAAUUUUAUAACGCAUUUAUUAAAUAUAUGAGAUGUUUUCUAGAGACAUUCGAUAUGUAAGCGAUCUGUACUUUAUUUAUCAUUAAAUUUUUUUGUUAUUUAAUUAACCGACAGCGUGAGUAAUAUAAGCUUUGGAUCGUCAUAUUUGUUAUUACCCACUGAGACCAGUCGAAUCAUCUUAUUUAUAAAAAUUACAAGUUUCUACAAACCUAUUUUAUAACAUUUUUCAAAAGAAAAAUUUAGUCCAAAAUAAAAAGACAAAAAUAAAAUAGCUUAACUAGAUAGAAUUUUUUAUUAUUUAUGAAUAAGAAAUUAAUGUUUGUAGUUUUGUUUCAGUUGUUUCUCGAGAGUUAGACAUGUGUACAUACAUAGUGGUGAUAUCUUACGGUCUAAGUUGGUAUGUGCCGUUAUCUAUUCAGUAUUCGAGUGGUGAGAAGUGUUUAUAUAUAUAAACCAGAUUUAAAUUGUUUUAGCAGUAAACACCAUUAUGCGUAAUUGAGGCAUAAUUUAAGUUCUUGCAUCUGGAAUACUCAUAAUGAAUAAAAUGCCUUAAUCAUUGACUUUUUUUUUAAUUAGCAAUUCUGAUUCAAAUAUAGAGAAGUAACUUUUUUUUUAUUUGUCAAUUAAAAAUACCAGUACAUCUUGUAUUGAUGGUAUUAAGGGUAAAUAAUGAAAUUUAUAAUAAUGUAUGCAUAGAUAGGGACUGGAAUUUGGAAGCAUGCAUUUAUGUUGAUAGUCUAUGGCAAAUGCCUAUUAUACAGGGCUGCUUUUGUACGAAUUAUGUUUUGAACGUGAAUCUAUUGAUUAUACAUUAAUCAGGUUUAUUUUGAAAAUUAGUAUGAUCUGUUUUUUUUUCUUAGUAAAGAAUCAGAUAUGUAUCUGAUUGUUUACUAAAAUCACAAAUAUAUACUUAUAUCGAAAUUCCUUACUUAAUACUAAGAUGGAAAAUACAUAACAGUUAACACAAACCGUUUUAUUUUGAUUUUUAUAUAUGCCAUUUAUUGAAAUAAAAUACAUUUACAGUUAUACAACAUAAAAUAUAUGUCAAAAUUGCUUACAAAUAUUAAUACAAGUAUAUGAUAAUAUUGCUUUACAUAAUAUGUUCAUAAAAAAGCAAACAUUAUUCAAUGCGAAUUUAUUAGAUUUCCUAUAAUGGGUAGGCAGUUUUAAAACGACGUUGAUAUAAAAUUAUUGAAUUUUAUCAAACUGUGUUGAUUUUUAAGCGGUAUUUUCUUCGAUAUCUCAAAAAUGGCAAAUAAAUAUGUAGCCCAUCUGAUGGAAAACGGUUCAGUAAUUGGUUUCCAUUUUUACAGUUAGCUUAUGGACGCUUACAACACCUACAACCAACACGUUGUCAAACCUAAAAAAAUCUUAUUACGCCCUUUUUGAAGAAUCGAUACUGUCUGUACUAUCGAUUUGUGUAAUUACUAAAGAAUAAAUGGAUAUCAGUAAAUUUAUUUUAACUACUGCUGUUUCGUGUUUGUAUAAAUUUGGAGAUAAAAAACAUAGUAAUAAAUAAAAUAUGUGUUUUUAUCUAUUCAAUACUUUUUUUUUAUACGUAAUCUACCAGAGGCCAAAUGUACAACCUGUAUUAAUUAUGUGUUAAAUUUAUUUAUAUACUCACAACUAUGUAUAUCCGAAGGGGCUAGUCGGAUAUGUAUAUGGAUUAUGUACAUAUGAAUAUGUACACUUUGUAUUUUAAGGUAAUAACUACCGGUUUAACCUGCGUUUAAUUAGAUCAAGAAAUCUCAACUAGAUUUGGCAUCAUUUCAUGACCCUUAAUCAUGAGUGGCUGUGAGUUUUCUUAAUCUUAUUACAUGUAAGCUAAAUUGGUAGUUAUUACGUUAAAAUAUGUACACUGUAUUUUUAAUCUAAAUAGAACUAUUGAUAUAUACUUUGUCUAAUAGCACUACCAAGCUCGUUUGUAUUACCGAAAUAAAAAAAAAAUGUUUACUUAUUUCAUAAUGAGUUUUAUAUAAGUGAGAUUUAUAACUUAUAUGCAUAUUGUAAGUGAUUGUACAUAUAAAUACGUACAGCUUGACUUAAAUCUGACAAUUAGCUUACAAUUUGUGAUCUCGAGUAGUUUCAUAAUAAUUAUAUUAACGCUCUCAGUUCUAAGCCAAGCUGUGCUGUGCCAUUAGAAAUGGCAUUCACUAUGUCUCCUUUGACACAGCAUUAUACCCUUUUUUAACUGCAUAGGAGUAAAAAAGAUGGCAAUCAAAUGAAUGAUACUAUGUAUAUUCUUGAUUGCAUUUGUAAAUUAUAUAUAUACAUAAGACAGUUAUAAAUAUUAUGACCAAGGGUGGACUUAUCUCUGAAAGAGAUCUCUUCCAGCCAAUCUAUUACAGUAUAAUGUUAUAAUAUUAAAUUUACUAUAAAUAUUAACACUAAAAAAAGGAUGUAAUGGGAAACUAGUAUAUGAUCUCAUAUUUUUUUUUAAAGUUUUUGUUAGCUCACAUUUUAUAAUCUUGAUUAUAGAAAUUAUUUAGUGCUGUGUUGGAAUUGACAUAUUUAUUGGCCGCCAUCGUCUAUGGUUAUAGAGCUAAGAAAAGACCACCUGUAUAAAUUUAAUGUAAAUAUUGAUUUAAGAACAGUAAUAUAGAUAUUCAUAUAUACAGUUA